UAUAUGUAAGAACUUGAUAUUAUCGUUGUACAAAAUCUUAUUAAUUUGUAUAUGUAAGAAAAAAUAUUUUUAUAUUACAUAUUUUUUGACUAAUUCUUUCUAUUGAUCAUAACGUACACGUCAUAUAAUGGUCGCCAUGGUUUAUUCAUCCGUGAGGAGAUAAUUGGAUAUUGUGUUUUUAAGGAAAAAAAGCACAAUCCCUUGUGGAAAGUCUGCUGUGUACAUCGUGCAGAGAAAUAACAGAAAUAAAUGUUAAAUACAUAUAGUAAUCUUUGAGCAUUCUUGCGUGAGGUGCGAAGUGUGUUAAGUGAAGAACGAGUGUGCACAAAAAGUUUAAAGGCACCAGAACUGCAUUGGCUUCAUACAAGAAAACCCGAAAAAUCCAGAAAUACAAAGCCUGGAUGACGGGACAAAUGACAACAUACAUUUGAGCAAUAGUGAAAGUGAUCAAAUAAAAAGUGAAAAUAUGGACAAUAAUACAGAUGGGGACAACUUAAAUCUGAGCUGCGGCGAAAAUGAUAUAGUGGAUGAAUUAAAAAUUGCUGCAGAUGAAACUUAUGAUACACGUAGUGAAGUUUCAUCUAGCAGUUCAAAUUCUGAUUCUAGUCAACCAAGUAUAAGCUCUGUUUCCACAAAAUCUUCACGUGGAGAUAAUAAACGUAAUCGUAAGAACAGAGGAAAACGUGCUAGAUCCAGAGAUUCUAAAUCUUCUAGUCCUGAAGCAAAACGUGCAAGAUCUAAAGAAAGCAAAGGAAUUACUAAGAGCUAUGAUUAUGCUACAAAAUUAAAUUACUUAUUUAGGGAUGCAAGAUUUUUCAUCAUAAAAUCAAACAAUGCUGAAAAUGUUACAUUAUCAAAAGCUAAAGGAGUAUGGAGUACAUUACCACAAAAUGAAGCUAAUUUAAAUCAAGCUUAUAGAGAAUCAAGGAAUGUUUUGCUUAUAUUUUCUGUAAAAGAAUCAGGAAAGUUUGCUGGUUUUGCAAGAUUAAGUACAGAAUCUAGAAGAGAUGGAGCACCAAUUUCUUGGGUGUUACCACCUGGAUUGUCUGCAAAAGCUUUGGGUGGUGUAUUUAAAGUUGAUUGGAUAUGUAGGAAAGAAUUACCAUUUACAGCUACAUUACAUUUAUAUAAUCCAUGGAAUGAUGGUAAACAAGUAAAAAUUGGACGUGAUGGCCAAGAAAUUGAGCCAAGAGUUGCAGAAGAAUUAUGUAGAUUAUUUCCAGAAGAUGAAGGAAUUGAAAUGACACCAAUUUUGAGAAAAUCUAAGGAAGCAGCAAAACAUAUUACGAAGUCUCGUUCAUAUCGUGAUAAUAGGCCUGUUAAUAGUAGUCCUAGAUUUUUACGCUCAAGAGGUAGAGGUCGUAGACUUUUCUUAACUUCACGAUCUCGUUUAGCUUCAUUAGCUAGAGGAUCUCAUUUAGCUGGUAAUGAACAUAGAGGAUCAAGAGAUCAUCAUCAUCAUCGAUAUGCUACUUGGUUUAAUAGAAGUGAUUCUCCUUAUUCUAAAGGAUAUGGUAGUCCAGGAUUAGGUGUGGCUGCAGCAGCUGAAGCGUAUGUUGCAGAUUAUAUGCGUACUAUGCAACAUCAAUUGCCUCCUUUACCUCCUUAUGCUGCACCACAUCCAUAUGAUUCUUUACCUCCACCACCACCACCACCCAGAUAUUAUGAUGGUUUACCAUUACCACCUGACUACAGCGCAGCGGCUUCUGCUCUCGAAAAACGUAGCUAUGAAAGAAGUGUAGAUGAAUUUUUGUGGAGAACAGCAAGUCGACAUAGUCGUCAUAGUGAUCAUCGAUCCUCCCGUGAUCACCAUCAUAGAUAUAGAGAUCGUAGAUAAGAAAUUUUAAAAUCUUCAUUAAUCUUAAUA